AUGUCUGCAGCAAGGAUGCUUACUAGAGGAUAUGCAACAGCAGUAAAGAAGAGCCAGUUAACCAUUGGCUUGAUCUCUGGAGACGGGAUUGGUCGUGAAGUCAUUCCAGCAGCUGCUCAAGUUAUAGAAAUCAUCUCUCCUGGCAAGUUCAAGUUCAUCAACCUGGAAGCUGGAUUUGAGCUGUUUCAAAAGACUGGAGUAGCACUGCCCGAAGAGACCAUCAACCGUAUACAAACCGAAUGCGAUGGAGCGUUAUUUGGAGCUGUCAGCUCACCAUCAAAAAAAGUCGAAGGUUACUCAUCACCUAUCGUUGCUCUACGAAAAAAGCUAGAUUUGUAUGCAAACGUAAGGCCUGUUGCAUCGCCAGCUGUGCAUGUUGGCAAGUCUAUUCGAGCAAUUGACAUGGUCAUUGUCCGCGAAAACACGGAAUGUUUGUAUGUCAAAUCAGAGAGAAUAGAUCCUCAACCUGGCCCAAAUGGUGGCAAAGUCGCUUGGGCUGAUCGCAAAAUCUCAGAAUAUGCUUCCCGCAGAAUUGCUACAGUUGCCUUCAUAUUGGCUCAACAACGUGGCAAAAUUCGCAGUCAGUUAGCAAAAGGCGCUUCGAUUCCUCGUCCCAAAGUGACUGUCGUUCAUAAAGCCAAUGUCUUGAGCGUGACGGACGGUCUCUUUAGAGAAACAUGUCUGGAAGUCGCCAAAGAAGACAGGUUUAAAGAUGUUGAUGUAGAAGAACAAAUUGUUGACUCUAUGGUGUAUCGCCUCUUCCGUGAACCUCAAGUAUUUGAUGUUGUCGUAGCUCCCAACCUAUAUGGUGACAUCAUAAGUGAUGGUGCAGCCGCUCUAGUCGGAAGUUUGGGUUUGGUAGCAAGUGCAAACAUGGGUGACAAGUUCACAAUGGGCGAACCAGUACAUGGUAGUGCACCUGAUAUUGCUGGUAAAGGGAUUGCCAACCCCAUCGCUUCAAUAAGGUCAGCAGCUUUAUUAUUGGAAAACCUCGGCAUGGGAGCAGAAUCUGCCCGAAUUCAAAAAGCAGUCGACAAGGUGUUGACAAUGGACGUUAAAACGAUGACACCUGAUUUGGGAGGGUCUGGAACCACAAAAUCAGUCACGCAAGCCGUCAUCAACGAAUUGAAUAAGUAA